GCAAGCGCGCAGCUUUUCCAUGUGUGUUCAGGCCGUCAGUCCCGCCCGGCUGAAGAGAGACGCCAAGUAGCGUCGGAGACUAGAAACCUUCACGGGCCCGGCGGCCCCCAUCGCCUCUUGCUGUCUUCCUCUCCCGGUCUCUCACGGCAGCCUCCGUCGCCAUGGGUAAGAGUCGGACGAAGCGCUUCAAGCGACCUCAGUUCUCCCCUACCGGUAGCUGUCAGGCCGAGGCGGCGGCCGCGGCGAACGGGACCGAAGACGAGGAGGACGACGGGCCGGCGGCGGAGCUUCUGGAAAAGCUCCAGCACCCGAGCGCCGAGGUCCGCGAGUGCGCCUGCGCGGGGCUGGCCCGGCUAGUGCAGCAGCGGCCGGCGCUGCCGGACCUGGCGCGCCGCGACGCCGUGCGCCGCCUCGGGCCGCUGCUGCUGGACUCCAGUCUGGCGGUCAGGGAGACGGCCGCCGGAGCUCUGAGAAAUCUCAGUGCUUGCGGAGGUUUUGAAGUUUGUGAUGACAUGGUGGCUAAGGAUAUCAUGACACCCUUGGUGGCGCUGCUGAGAGAGUGUAGCGCUGGACUGGAUUCAAAUGAGAUGUCUCCACCGGAGAAAGCCGAUAAGAACAGAAAUUGUGUUGAGAGCAUAGCCAAUGAGGCUGUGAACGUGCUGUGGAAUAUAUGUGAAUGCAGUAGUAGAGCAGUGUCUAUAUUCAACAAAGAAGGGUGUUUGGAGAUUGUGUUAAAGUACUUGCGUAGGUUCCCCACCAGUGUUGACCUGGCUGUCUCCGUAGCAUACUGCUUACAGACAGUCACCGAAGAUAACCCAGAGCUCCUGAAGUCUUUUGAUGGCACAGCACUGCGUGUGCUGGAGUCUGCUUUGCUUUGUCCUGUCACCUCUAUGGAGUACAUUCUGCUGAAGACACUGGUGGCAGGCACAAUAUGGAACCUCAAGGACAUUAUUCCAUCUAAGAGUCAGGCAGAAAUCAUAAAUGCCAUACUGAAGAUCUUGUCUGAAGUUCUGGAGGUGAACGCUGCUGACACAGUCAUUCAGAUGAAGGAGGCUGAAACCCAGCGGUUAAAAACAGCUGCCGAGACUGAGGACAUACUGGCAAAUGCUAAUGGUGAUGGUUUGGUUGAAGAUGAUGAAAUGGAGGAAGUUCCCCAUAAAAGAAAGCUCAGAAGGAAAACGUUUAUUUCCGAUUUACUUCCACCUACUGACAAGGAGCUUCGAGAGACCAUGGCAUUGCUGACUGCUCAGCAGACAGCUCUGGAAGUUAUCGUCAACAUGUGCUGCAGUGAAGAUCCCUCAGAUGAUGAGUGGGAAGAACUUUCUAGUAGCGAUGAAAGUGAAGCCUUUAUGGAAAACUCCUUCAGUGAGUGCAGUGGGCAGCUGCUGUCCCCAUUGUGCCUGUCCCAUGAGAUUCACACUGCCCUCACCAACUGCCUCAUCCCAAAGAAGGUUUUUGAGAAAACUGCUUCACCAAACAGUGUUGCCAUUGACAUAUGUUCUAGGAACCCUACUUGGAAACCUUUGAUUAGGAAAUUGAACACUAUUCAGUGUAGAGCCCUUAUGUGUCUUCAGAGUCUUGUGUCUCUCCUGGACCUGGACCAUCUUGGAGGAGCCCCAGCUCUUCAGACACUGGCACAACACCUGUCACAACUUGUUUUUUCUCAGCCAGAUUUUGCUAAACAUGCUGAUUUUCUAGAAGCCACAAGUAGUGCUUUGAGGGCCCUUUUGCAAACAAUGGCUGCCAAGAACAUUCCACAGUGUAUGACACCUGAGCAGCUGAUGACGCUAUGCAGAGCAGGCAUUCAUAGCAGCAGCAUCGGGGUAAGAGUGAAUGUGGUCAGUAUUUUGGGGAUCACUGGCAGCGUCCUAGCCAAGGAAGGUGGCACACUUGAAACUCUUAAGACCAUUGGGUGCUUUCUGCUGGAAGUUGCCACCAAAGACCCUUCCCUCGUGGUAACAGGAGAGGCUUUGGAUGCCCUCUUUGAUGUUUUUGCAGAUGGUGAAGAAGCUGAAAAGGCCUCAGUUCAAAUUAAAUUGUUAUCAGCUUUGAAAGAAUUCCAGCCAAUCUUCAAGACGAAGAUACGGAAAGAAGGGAGGGGCAAAUACAGUCCAGAUCAGCUGUGUGUUCUUGACAACGUGAAGAUGAAUUUGAGACGGUUUAUUGCUUACCAGGAAGCUGUUGAGAAAAGACUGACUUCUUAAACCAUCAGGAGGACCAGAGCUGGGGCUGGCUCAGCAGCUGCAUGCCUAGCUGGCAUACACACUUUCUCAAAGCCCAAAGCUCUUGAGAAAAUAGAAUGAGAGAGAGACUGCUUCUCCCAGUGGAUUUAACUCUAAGAAUACUAAAGGGUUUCCUUUGAAUGCACAAGCUUCCAGAAGCCUUUUGUUUCUUUUUUGAGACAGAUUCUCCCUAGGUAGUCCUGUCUGGCCAAGAACUCACACAGGUCUAUAGGCCUCAGUUUCCUAAUUGCUGGGAUUUAAAGUAUUCGACACCACACCUGGCCUCCAAAAGCCAUUUUUUAAUGCCUCUGUUUUGGAUAAUAGUUUGAAGUUGAGAACCUGUCGGAAAUGUGUUUUAAGGCCGAAAUCUCUGGCCUGCUGUUACAUCUCCAGCUUAUUUUAGCCACUGAAAAUGAAGAGUGGAAAUGCACUACAAUCUCAGGAGAUCCUCUUUUUAUUGCUGGGGGCAGCAUUCAGGACCUUGUUCCUGCUAGGCCAGCACUCUACCACUGACUACACCCCUAGCCCUCAAGUGGUUCUUAACUACUUUGUGGGCAGUAAAGAGACUUGAGGCAAUUAUGUCCUUGAGCUUUGUAAGAAAAGAAAUUAAGUCAUUGGAUGUUCUUUAAAGCCAGUAUCAUUUUGUAUUUGCUAAAUUUUAACUGAAAUAUGAAUAUAAGCUUUAUAAAAUAUUUUGGUAUGGAGUACUGUAUACCUAUUAUGACUCUUGUGAAGUAAAUGACUUGAAUCUGUCACUCUCAGUGGAUAAUGAGCUAAUGAGGGGAUUGCAUUCUGUACAGGAGAUCUGAGCAGUUAUUCUGUGUAACACCACUCCUUGUCUUAAUUUGAUAUAGAAUCAGAAUUAGUAGAAAAAGCCAGGCCUGGUGGUGUACACCUUUAAUCUCAGCUCUUAGGAGGCAGGGCAGGUGGGUCUCUGAGUUCAAGGCCAGCCUGGUCUAAAGAGCAAGUUCCAGAAUGGACAGGACUACGCAGAGAAACC